AUGUCUAUCAAGGUAGAAUUUGCAGUGGACAUGACGUGCCAGAGCUGCGUCGAUGACAUCGGCCAGAUCCUCAGCAGCACAGCAGGCGUCACCGCCUACGACAUCUCGCUGGCGGACAAAACGGUGUUGGUCUCGGGCACGGCCAGCCCGACACAGCUGCUCAAUGCGUUCAAGGACUCUGGGCGGUCAGCCGUGGUGCGCGGGGCCGGAUCAACCAACGGCAAUAUUGGAGCGGCUGUGUGCAUUUUUGAAGAGGGCCGCAGGCUGACCGACCGGACCAAGGGCCUGGCGCGGUUUGUCCAGGUCAGCGACUCGCUGUGCUUUGUGGAUAUUACGGUCAGCGGAAUCCCCGACGGCGACCACGGCGUGGCGAUUCAUGCAGCAGGCGACCUGAGCAAUGUGCCCGAGUCCUGCGGCCCGCAUUGGAACCCGGACAAUAAAGAGCAUGGCGGCAGGGAUGCGGGCCACCGGGGCGACCUCGGGAACAUCACGGUCAAGGACGGGUGGGGUGAUUUGACGUUCGAGACGGAUCGGUUCAAGGUCUGGGAGAUCAUUGGCCGGUCGAUGGUCAUUGCUGAGGGCAGAGACGACCUGAAGAGCGAGGGCAGCAGCGGCAGGGGCAUUUUGGCCGGCGUGGUGGCCCGCAGUGCUGGGCUGUUUGAGAACGAUAAGCAGGUCUGUGCGUGCUCGGGCAACACGCUGUGGACUGAGCAGCGCCUGGUCGACGAGGGCCGCCGGUUGUAGAUGCACGUGACUUUGUCUAAAAUAAACACCGCUCUAGGGGCGGAGGCUAACUCGCUCCGCAUGACAGUUGCCAAGGCAACAGGGCCGCGGUGGGGUCAGUUCCUUGACAAACUGAGGGGUUCUCGCCUUGUCUUUGCUUCAAUUACCCUCUUUAUUUGCAUUUCACAAACACUGUAUUUUCUCGAAAUGUCCUUCAAGUUUACGGCCA